GUACAUGCAAGUAGUACCCGGUGGUCAGGACAGUGUUCCUAUACCCACACAGCUACAGCUCCUCCCUUCUGCACACCUCAACGCCCCGCCCACAGUCCACAGGUGGAUGACCUGUGUAGCGUUACCUCGGACUCCUGUUGCUGGCUCCUCAUUUACACAACGGACCGCCGCAUAGACAGCGCUCCUCCCUCCUUCUUCCUGACCGUCUUUCUGAAGCCGCUGAAUUUCUCCUACCUAGUUUAUUCAAAGAAACAGCCAGCAUGGCUCGGAAAUUGCUGCUGGUCUUGACUCUGGCGGCAGCGAUCUGCGGCGUGGUUUCUACCAUGCAAGACCGUUCAAGUCGUAUUGUCUGUUAUUUCUCUAACUGGGCAGUAUACCGUCCUGGAAUUGGUAGCUACUCCAUCUCUGAUAUACCCGUAAACUUCUGCACUCACAUAAUUUACUCCUUCGUUGGAGUUUCCAACAGAACGUGGGAGGUGUUGGUGCUAGAUAACGAGAACGACGUAGUAAAUAAUGGAUUUCGAAACUUCACGGAUCUGGCACGUAAGAUUCCUGGCCUUCAUUCCAUGCUGGCUAUCGGUGGUUGGGGUGAAGGCGGCAAGAAAUAUUCCCAGAUGGCUGGUGUGCCUGAAAGAAGGGCCUCACUCAUUAGGAGUAUUGUAGAAUACAUGAAUCUCUAUAGUUUUGACGGAUUCGAUCUCGACUGGGAGUACCCGUCAGCAGCGGAUCGAGGAGGCACUUUUAAGGACAAGGAUAAUUUUUUGGACUUUGUAAAAGAACUGCGGCAAGCUUUCGAUAACGAAAAAAAAAAUUGGGAGAUCACAAUGGCAGUACCCGUAGCGAAAUUCCGGCUACAAGAAGGAUAUCAUGUGCAGGAACUGUGUUAUCUUAUGGAUGCUGUUCACGUCAUGACCUACGAUCUACGAGGAAACUGGGCAGGUUUCGCGGACGUCCACUCACCCCUCUACAAGCGGCCAUUUGACCAAUGGGCCUAUGAGACUCUUAACGUGAAUGACGGCUUGCAGUUAUGGGUCAACCUAGGCUGCCCAAAGGAUAAACUGAUCGUUGGUGUUCCAUUUUACGGGAGGACGUACACACUUGGAAGCCCCAACACAAAUGGCCUGAGGGCGCCGGUAAAGAAAUGGGAAGGCGGCGGGUUGCCCGGUAACUACACCGGAGCCAAGGGCUUCCUCGCCUACUAUGAGAUUUGUGAAAUGAUGCAGACCGAUAAGGCUUGGGCCGAUAAGUGGGACGACAUUGGGAAAUGUCCUUACACCCACAAAGGUAACCAGUGGGUGGGGUACGAGAAUGCGAGGAGCCUGAAGAUCAAGAUGGACUUCAUCAAAGCGAAUGGCUAUGGCGGGGCUAUGGUUUGGGCCAUCGACAUGGAUGACUUUCGUGGAACAUGUGGACCCGUUAACCCGUUGAUAAAAGUUCUUUACAAAGGCAUGAAAGGAUACAUAGUGCCCACUCCACCGCCCACUACCACUACCGCAAAAGUCACCUACUGGCAGCAAUGGAAACCGUCUUCUACAACUCCCAUCACGACUAAAAAACCUCCCACUUCAACCACCCCUUCCACCUCUUCCAUGCCCAUCAUACAAGCAGAUGUUCCUGUUGGUCCACCGGGUGUAGGAAGUGUUCCUUCUAAGCCCCCAAAGACACCGACACCAUCUGUUAGUCCUACUUCAGCUCAGCCGCCUACUAAGGACUGCAGCACUGGUGAAGAGUUCUUACCUCAUCAUGACUGCAGGAAGUAUUACCAUUGCAAUCAUGGGGAACCUCUAGAGCGUUCAUGCAUGCCUGGGACAGUGUGGGAUCAAAGCCAAAAAACCUGCACCUGGCCGAACGCUCGGUCAUGCCCCUGAAGAUGCCCCAACAUAUGUACAGCUUGCUCUGUUGGUGCAUACUGUCGAGGUUUAAGGACAGACUUUUCUUUGUGAAUUGUUGACAUAUUACUGUCGUCUUUAAUGCCUUCUGUUAUUAAAUAAAUAUGCAAUAUACUCAUUAAAAACUAUCAGUUUUUAACUGCUUAGUAAGAUGUAAGAAAUGCAUAUUACAGAUGCCCUCUGCCUCACUCAGCGUAUCUUCAGUCAUUUUGUGAAACAUUAAAUAAAAUCAAACAGAUG